AUGGAGUUCAAAAAUUUCCUUAUUGGUGGCGGAGCUGCUGCAAUGACUUCAAGUUGUUUACAACCUCUAGAUGUUAUAAAGACACUUCUUCUAUACCAGCAUAAAGUCAAUUCUAUUAUGGGCUGCAUAAAAUAUGUUCAUGAAAAAUUUGGGAUUUUAGGUUUUUGAAAAGGAAACUCUGCUUCAUUUAUGAGGUCAAUUAUAGGAGGCGGAACACUAUUCUUUUUCCUAGAACUUAUAAGGGAAAAAUUAGGCCGAUCUUCUGGAGGAUUAUUAAGAGAAAUAUUAACGGAUAGUGUGGCUUCUUUUAUUGGAAGGGGAAUCGCUGUUACAAUUCAGUGCCCACUCUCAGUAAUCAAAGUUCAGAUGGAAAAUCCAUCUCAUGGGAGAAAAAAAAUUUUAGGUGCUAUUUCAGAAAUUUAUGGUAAGCACAAAAUCAAAGGAUUCUGAAAAGGCUUAGCUCCAAACCUAUUAAGAGAUGUCCCUUAUACAGCCUUAUCAGUCCCUUUUUAUGAGCAGUAUGCCAAAUUCAUUGGAAGAUUAACAGAAACUGAUAAAAGAUCAAAUCUCCUUAACUUUGUAGCAGGAGGCUUAUCUGGAUUUUCUGCUUCCCUAGUUACUCAGCCAUUUGACGUCAUGAAAAACAGAGCAAUGUCUGGGUAUCAGUUUCACGGUCACACCGAAUAUCCUGGAUUAAUUAAAGGGCUAAAAAUUAUUUAUGAGCAGGAAGGGGUGCAAGGAUUCACAAAAGGACUUUUAAUUAGAGGAACAGAGAGAAGCAUGGGACAAGCUCUAAUUUGGAUGUUUUACAUAAGGUUGAAGAGAUUUGUGGAUGGAGACAAGAAAUAA